AUGUCUUCAGUAGUCGCGGUACCGCAACACAAGCUAUCAGAGACUCCCAACUCACGUGCAAUCGAAAUCAAUGAUUGGGUGAUAAUCGCGUCCACCAACCCAAUAUCUAGCGCGUCAGAGUGCGACGCGUUGCAAGCUUCGCUUGGAUUCCCGUUGCCUGAGAUGACGUUUGGAAGUAACUAUCUAUCUCUCGAACAUCAGCCAUCUGGGUGGAAGAUGAUGUUUGACACUCAUAAUGCCCUCAAGUGUGUGAAAAAAGGUGAGCUCGGGGAGGGCGAUGGUGGAGUCAAGGUUGGCUAUGCAGAUGCCUGGCUUAAAAGCCGCACAGACCCUGGAACAAACCUUCCGUUGCCUGUUACAGUCGCAGCCAAGCAUUAUGACUGGACUUACACCGUGACUUAUCCUGGACAUCACCUUGAUUCCGCACCAGGCACCGAUUCGCCAAGUUCUUCAAUACAAUGGAUAGAUGCCGAUCAAGACAACCCAUCUCAUUCUAUUCCGCUUUCUGAGCUCACGCGACCAGAUCCGAUAUUAUUCUACGCGGAAAUACCUCUUUUUGAGGAUGAAUUACAUGAUAAUGGAUCAUCCAACCUUCUCGUGCGAAUACGCGUCAUGCCAACAUGUAUAUUCAUUUUGUCGCGAUUCACGCUUCGCGUGGAUAAUGUGCUUUUCCGCACACAUGACACGAGGAUAUAUCAUUCUUUCAGCUCAAGCCCUUCGUUAGUCAUACGUCAAUUGAGUGGUUGGGAAGCACCGUAUGAUGGCGUUAAGAGGCGACUUCCCAGUCGCCACGAUUUGACCCCUCUGACGGACGCGAACUUCAUUGCGAAGGUGCUGACGGAAUUACCUGUUACGGAAUCUCAGCAGAUAGGGGCGAGGACACGUUGGAGGGGUUUGAGGACAAAAGUAGAGAUAGCGGUACUGACAAGAGAUGGACCCUAA